CUGGACUGUAAAACAGCGAAUUGAAGUUGAAAUUGAAAGUUCUGCAGGGUUGACUAACUGGGCUUCGAUGCCUGGCCAAGUCUCCGUCGUUCUCCAGAGGCGCCGCGGUGUCAUUGUUGAUAGCCUCGUCAAAUUGCCAGUAUAGAGUUUGAUUCGAUUCGGGUGUGAUCGCAAAUCCUGGAAAUCCCUAACGAGCGAUUCGUCUUCCGUCAACAAGCACUUGGUUGAAUCAGUAAGAAACCCCAAUUAAGUGUCUUGUUGGGUUGUCUUAAUGGAUUCGACGAUUAUGGACAAUUAUAGAUUCAAAAGCUGCUCCCUUUUCUCCCUGUUCAAUGAACCGUUUGCUGAUACCGUAGAUGUUGUUUACCCAAAUUGUAAUUUUUAUGGUCCAGGCAGGGUUGUGGGUUGUUGUAAUGGGUAGAUUUGUAUGUUCAGUCGUUGUUCAGGAGUCAUGAUCUUAAACCCAGCUUUAUGAGAACUUAGAAUGCUGCCGAAUUGUUGCAGUGCAUUCGGCUUUGGUUAUGAUUCUUGCAACAAAGUUUACAGAGUGGUAACUAGCUCCCCUUAUAGUUAGAGAAGAAUGGUUAGGCUGUUCAGGAGUAGAGAACAGAUUGUUUCACUUGAUUUAGCAAAUGAGACUGUUGAGGAGGUGUUGCAACCAGAUUAUGAUGAUGGUGUGAAACUAGAAAAGUUGGGGAUUUUGGAAGAGAAUGGUGAAAUCCUGUUAGAUUGGAACACCUAAAAUCUACUUUGAGAGCCUAGUUUCACCUAUAGCUGGCAAUUGGCACACAGAAUGACACCGGUUGCAUAACAGAAGGUAAAUAAGAGAGUCUUAUUUGAUUUCUUUUGCUAUUUUUUAAUACUUCUUCCUUUUGCUUUAAACUAUUUCUCCCAGUUUACUAGUUAUGCUUUCAUCUAUUUCAGAUCUUUUGAUAUUGUAAUGUCUUUCGGUUUUAAGGCCACACAUUAUUUUUAGUGAAGUUGACUAAUCCUUUGGUCUUUAUUCAUCUUCUUGGAUACACAUGCACAUCAGAGAAAUGGUUAGAGUUAUCUUAUAUUCUUAGGUAUUUUUGAGGGAAGUAAUACAUUUCCCCUUAAUUCCCAAACUUUCACUAGAAAUUCAGUGUCAUCCCUCAGCUUUUAUUUGCAAGAAUCAUGUGCAUAAAUGUUUUAAUUAAUAUGCAAUGUAGGGGAAUCCUAUGGAAGUUCAGGAGUUUGAAAGUUUUUAACGUAAAAAAUCUUAGUCAGUAAGCGCAUUAGGCUGGUUUAAUUAAAUUAAAGUAUAAGUUGAUGGCAAGCUUUUUUGUGAAUGGCUUACAAGCUUUGAUAUUGAAUAUAAAAUGAGGAAAUAGUCCCUUAGCUGAAGCAAUGAGCCUAAAUUUGGGUUCAAGCUGUUAUUAAGCUUAAUGGGUUAGUUGAGUCCAGCUUUGAUCAAACUGAGAUUCAACUAGAUUACAUGGAGCUCUGUGUGCUUAUAGCCUUAUUCCCUAACUUGGGAGCCAUGGUUAUCUAGCUUACAUUAUAUUGCUUGGAACAAUACUUCCUCUUUUUUCAGUUUUCAGGAUGAAUUAAACGUGAUUGUAUACC